UAUUGUAUUCUUCAAGCAUGCUAUAUCUACAGGGACGCUUCCUGUGGAGAACAUGACCUGGCCUGGAUAGGAAUUUGGAAUGCGACACCAAGAAAACAACAUCCACACAUUAGACAUGAUAUUACAUAGACUUGUCAUGAACCCACACAUGAAACCAAUGAAUAAAACAAUUGACAUCAAGUUGUUGGCAAGUGCAAUGUAGGCUGACAUUUCUCAGUUUCAAGUGUUUUUCUCACAUUCACUUCUCAGCUCUCUCUCGCUACCCCUUUCUUCAAAGAUAAACCCGCCAUGUUCUGUAUUCAUUUCAUUUCAUAUCCUUUCAACUACCUCACUUCUCCUUUUUAUGGCUAUUCCGUUGUGUCCACCACACCCUUCUGAUCUUACCAUUUCUUUGGAGAAAGAUAAGGACCAGAAACAUUACCGUUGCUGCUGCCUCUACUGCUAGUGAAAGCACACACUCCGUUGGAUAUACUUGAAUCCAAGAUUCCAGGUCACAAAAGGGAUAAAGCUUGGCUCUUUGCUUCUGAUACUGAAGGAAACAUACGCAAGGGUUCAUCAUGCUAAAGCAAUCAGCUAGUAGAAACCAGAGGUAUAAAGGCUUCAAGGUAAAGCAUGUUCUUCAGAUAUGCGCCUUGCUUGCCCUUUGCAUCUGGUUGCUGAACCAAGUUAGGAACCCUUACGAUAAGGGAAGUGGAAUUUUCCAAAAGGUAACGAGUGAGCAUGAAGCCUUAAAACUUGGGAGGAAGGACCUUGAUCUUCAAGGACAAGGGUCAUCCACUGACAAUAAGGAAAGUGGAGAAAUUGAAGCAGAAGAGGUGGAAGAGAGUAAACCUGAGGAAAGUGAAGAUGAUGGAAAUGAGAUAGAUAGGCGUGAUCGAGAGAAAGCGGAAGGGGAAGAAAGUGAGGAAGUUGAGGAUUUUAUUGAUGAAGAAGAUAGAGAGAAUGAAAACCAAAUUGAGAAUUUAAGUUUAUUAGAAGAACAAGCCAUGAAUGAAGGUGACGAAAAUUUACAGGAUCCAAGAGAGCUGGAGCAUUACAAGAGUGAUGGUGCCUCAAGUGCCGUUAUGCAAAGCAACCUUGAUUCCGGAAUUGCUGCGCAAAUUCGACGUUUGAGAAGUGUGGGCGAAAUGGUAAAGAAAAUAAAACGAAGAGGUAAGGAAACGGUAUCCAGUUUAAAUGAAGCUUUUUCCAUCAGAAGCAGCCAAAAGAGACUUGGUGGCAUACCAGAGAAUACAAUAGAAAUCUUAUUAUCAUCAACAAGAAGUGAGAAAGUAAGUGUUACAGAGAAUUGAGCCUGUUUGGUCUUUGGA